UUCCCCCGUUAGCGCGCUAGUGCGCCAACCAAAGUGUUUAGACAAGUUUGCCUUGUUCGUGGACAGCAUGGAGACGGCUGGUGGCAGGUAGUUGACACAUCAGUAGCAAAAGUUGGAUUUCUCCGAAGUUAGCGGAACCCUUUUCAACAAAUGUCUCUGCACAUCCGCUUGGCUCUGAAUUGCGAGAAGUUGAGACUUUACAUGGAAUAACGUUUUUUUCUUUGGGAUCCGAACACUCUACAAGUCCGCUAGGAAGCCCCGAUCGACUAUUUUGUGGCGUAAACAUGAAUAAUUUGUCGUUUGACGAUCCAUCACUGGAUAACUUGGACCCAAGUUUAUCCCUAAAUGAUCCAAGCGACAUCGACACGGCUCUGCUGAGCGACAUUGACGACAUGCUGCAGCUCAUCCACAACCAGGACAUGGAGUUCGGCGGCCUGUUUGACCAUGCACCGUUCCCGGCCCCUCCGGCUCCUGUGCAAGAUCUUUCAGCCCUGCCUUCCUCCAGCUCUUCCCCCUCUGCCCCCAGCUCCUCCGCCACUGCCACCACCUCUUCCAUCCUCAGCAGUAGCCCCCACUUGGAUGCUCUGCUGGGUCCUCCCAUCUCCCGCAGCUCCUCUGCACCUGACAAGGUCUUUAACCCCCCUACUUUCCAGCAGUCUCCACUGGCCCAGGUGACCUCCACGCCUGUGACCCCACGCCAGCAGCCUGUCUCACUGCAGACCAGCCAGCCCAAAGCCCAGCCUCUUUCACCUGCCCUUCACCCUCCCAGCCAGGCUGCCCAGAGCCAUGCUGCAUCGCCUGCCAAGAGCCCAAUGUUCAGCUCCAGCCAGCAGGCCCCCCAGCAGCAGCAGCCACCUGUCGCUAACUACCCAAACCAGAAUGGAUACACUGCAGCAGCAGUCCCUCAGCAAGCCGUCCCUCAGCAAGCCUCCCCUCAGCCCGUGCCCAGCGUUCCCAGCGUUCCCAGCGUUCCCAGCAUUCCCAGCAUUCCCAGCUCCCUGCAAAGUAUUCAGCCAAUGACCAUCCAGGCUCAGGUCCAGAGUCUUUCCACAUCACCCAUCCUCUCCACAUCCUCCAGCCCCCCAGCACAAACCAUCUCCCCUCACGUUCAGCAAGUUCCUGUCUUGCUGCAGCCUCAGUUCAUCAAGGCUGACUCUCUCUUGCUCACGACCCUGAAGCCUGACGCGUCUAUGGUAACCACAGUGGCGUCUCCAUGCAUCACCUCCCUGGCUACGUCCACUGCUCCUGUGCAGGGCACUUCCCUGCAGGCAUUGAUGAGUGGGGGUACCAUUCUGACCACAGUUCCAGUUGUGGUGGACACAGAGAAGCUGCCCAUCAACCGUAUAGCCAUCAGCGGCAAGCCAGGUGGCCAGGUCCACAAGGGCGAGAAACGCACGGCACACAACGCCAUUGAGAAGCGCUACCGGUCCUCCAUCAAUGACAAGAUCGUGGAGCUCAAGGAUCUGGUAGCUGGCACAGAAGCUAAGCUAAAUAAGUCAGCAGUGCUGAGGAAAGCCAUCGACUACAUCCGCUACCUGCAGCAGUCCAACCAGAAGCUCAAGCAGGAGAACAUGGCUCUCAAGAUGGCCAAUCAGAAGAACAAGUCUCUGAAGGACCUGGUGGCUAUGGAGGUGGAUGUGAAGAGCGAGUUACCCACUCCCCCAGCCUCCGACGCUGGCUCACCCCUGCCCAGUGGGCCCUUCUCACACUGUGGCAGCGACUCUGAGCCGGACAGCCCGAUGGGAGACGACACGAAGCCGGUGACCCAUGUUGAGAAAUCUGCUGGAGGGAUGCUGGAUCGCUCUCGAAUGGCUUUGUGUGCCUUCACUCUCCUCUUCCUCUCUUUUAACCCACUGGCCUCUCUGAUGUGCGGGAGCCGCAGCAGCGCUGGGGAGGCCAUUGCCCCCAGCCAUGUAGGAACUGGCAGGAACAUGUUAGGAAUGGAGAGCGCAGCUGAUUCAUGGGGCUGGAUGGACUGGAUGUUGCCUACUCUGUUGGUGUGGCUGUUGAAUGGUGUGCUGGUAGCUGGAGUUCUGAUCAAGCUGUUGGUGUAUGGAGAGCCUGUAACUAGACCUCACUCUGAAUCCUCCGUCCUCUUCUGGAGACACCGCAAACAGGCCGACCUGGACCUGGCCAGGGGGGACUUUGCCCAGGCCUCUCAGAACUUGUGGACUUGCCUGAAGGCUCUCGGCCGGCCCCUGCCCACCUCUCAGCUGGACCUAGCCUGCGCGGUGCUUUGGUCCACCCUCCGUCUGUGGCUGCAGAGGCUGUGGGUGGGCCGCUGGCUGGCCUGUAAGGCCGGGGGCCUCCGUGCUGAUCGCCCCCUGCAGGAAGAUGCACGCAAGAGCUGCCGUGAUGCUGCCCUGGUCUACCACCGCUUGCACCAGCUCCACAUGACUGGUAAACUGGGUGGCAGCCACCUCUUUGCAGUUCACAUGGCCCUGAGCGCGGUGAACCUUGCUGAGUGUGCAAGCGACUAUCUGUCUGUGGCCACGUUGGCUGAGAUCUACGUCUCAGCUGCUCUCAGAGUGAAGACCAGCCUGCCCCGUCUACUGCACAUCUCCUCUCGUGGCUUUCUGAGUCGAGCUCGUCAGGCCUGUCUCUCCCCAAGUGGCAGCGUUCCUCCUGCUAUGCAGUGGCUGUGUCACCCUCUGGGCCAUCGCUUUUUUGUGGACGGUGACUGGUCUGUGCGCAGCACCCCCAAAGAGAGCAUCUACAGCCAGGCUGGGAAUACAGUGGACCCCCUGGCUCAAGUGACACAGGCCUUCAGGGAGCACCUGCUGGAGAAGGCCCUAUACUGUGUGGCUCAGCCUCGUGGAGAGAAAACUCCCAGUGUGGGCCAAGGAGAGUACUCGGAUGCUCUGGAGUACCUGCAGCUGUUGAACAGCGCCUCUGAUGCAGCAGGAGCCACCACACAGGCUUUCGCCAUCGGCUCCAACAUGGCCACUGUCACCGGCUGUGACCCCCACUCAAAAUGGUGGUCUUCGGUUGCUGUGGUGAUUAUUAACUGGCUACAGGGAGAUGACGUGGCAGCAGAGAGAUUGUACCCAGCAGUGGAACACCUUCCACGCAGCCUACAGUCAGCAGAGAGCCCAUUGCCCAAAGCCUGCCUCAAUACAUUUAAAGCAGUGCGCGCCCUGCUGGCCAAACCAGAGAACAGCCAGCUCAGCCUCAGCUACUGUGAGAAAGCCAGUGGCCUCUUCAGAGACAGCCUCAACCUGGGGCCGCAUAGCAACAGCAGCACUUUAGAUAAGUUGGUGCAGUUGUUGCUGUGUGAUCUGCUGCUGGUGACGCGCACUAAUGUGUGGCGAGAGCAGCAGGUGUGUUCUCCGGCCACUGGUCAGCAGAGCUCAGCCUCAGCAGCCUCUCCGGCAGAGCUGCAGGGCUUCCAGCAAGACCUCAGCUCUCUGAGAAAACUCGCCCAUAGCUUCAGACCCGCGAUGCGCAGGUUGUUUCUGCAUGAAGCCACAGCCAGGCUGAUGGCGGGUGCCAGCCCCACGCGCACACACCAGCUCCUGGACCGCAGUCUGCGCCGUCGCGUCACACCCGGAGGCAAGAGCGAAGAGUGUGAGACGCGGCCAGGGCAGCGAGAGCAGGCUGAGGCGGUCAUGCUGGCCUGCUGGUAUCUCCCCCCCUCCUUCCUUUCAGCCCCCGGCCAGAGGGUGGGCAUGCUGGCGGACGCGGCCCGCACACUAGAAAAGCUGGGGGACAAGCGCACUCUCCAUGACUGCCAACAGAUGAUCAUCAAACUGGGCAGCGGAACCACGGUCACCUCCACUUAGAGUCCCAUCCCCAAACAAAUACACGUACAUAUACAGAUACACAUAGGCAGAGAGCAAGAGGACCGACCUUCUCCCCCAAACUAACAGUGUAACCAUCAUAUAUAAAUAUAACAUAUAUGCUGGCAACAGGCAUUCAGAUAAGCCAGAUACAAGCUUAUUCAGUGAAUCAGCUUUACUUUUUUCUCACUUUUGCAUUCGUUGUCCAAAAGACCCAUUCAGACCAGCAGUCACAAUUCAAAAUAUCAGAACAAUAGGACAGACCUGGCAGAGCAAUAAGGCUCUAUUGAGAAAUAUUAGCAUGAUCUGCGAAGUUUAAUUUAAUUAACUUGCCCUGACUCAGUGUAGAUGUUCUUGUAUUUAUUAUCAUACAUCAAACUUAAAGGAGUACUUCAUUGACUGAUGCUGCCUUGGUAGCUGAGCCCCAGUAGAUUUCGUUCAUUGUUAGCUAUGUGGGGCUUUGUAGGUGAAGUAUUCCUUUAAUGAGGUGAUCUGUAAGUGCCAGCUUUGGCCACUAGAUGACGUUUUGUUGCGCAAAACUGGUAGCAUGUGACUGGUUUUACAGGUCGGCUGGACAUGAAUCGAAGAAAUGCAUCGUAAUUCAGCAGAACAUAUAGCACUGUGGUUUCCCACACGCAGCAUAAGCCUUUCCUCAUACUGUAACGAUAUUUAACACAACAUAUCCAUUGACCGUGUAUUGCUGACUGGGACUUGGACUCAGUUACAGCCAUGCUUGCUGGACUUGAGUUGAGAUUAACUGUUUGAUGGCAUUUACCAUCAGACAGCUUGACCGGCAGCUGCUUUUGUUAACACUGAGAUGUGUCCGUUUUGAGUGUUGCAUGUCUCACUCGCUUUCUGUUGGUUUGCAAGUCCAGGUGACUCUACCACCUAAACACCCAGGCUUAAUCUGUGUCUGAGAGACCACCCCGUUGAAUGAAGUAGGCGUGAGUGGAGAGCAACAAAGUUGAGCAUGAUGAGUUUUCCAUUUCAUCCCAUCUGUACAGGCUGUUUCUAAUCUGCACUACUCACUGGGGGAUGACUUACAUAUGAUUUAAGAGAAUAUAAGGCUUUACGAGGUUCUUUUCAUUUAGUGUUUUCCUUUGUACAUAUUUUUAAAGAUUAUUGUGUAUUUAUAAUUUUUGUCUAAAGACGCGAGUGAUCAGUUUUUGCUAGGAACAGGGAGAGUGAGAGAGAGAGAGAGAGAGACUACAUAGACAUUUGGCUGGAGAUUAACAGUUACAUCAGCAGGUGCUGAAGGAGAUGAUGGUGGUACUAUGAAGUCACACUUCGCUGUUGAUCUGGGACCACUUUGCAGAUUCUCUUAAUGUUGAAGUUGGGAAUCACACUGGGUCCAGAUCAGUGGAGAAACAGAUCAUUCUGUAAGUAUUGUGUCGAGAGAGAGAGAGGUGUGGGCUUCUCGACUGUUUUCAGAUUCUUUACCUAUCAGAUCCAAUAUCAUAUUCACUUCAGCAUAAAUUUAAAGAGUAAGAAGGGCCUCAGAAAAUUCUAGCGUGAGCUACUGUUUCAGCACAGUUCAUAGUCACUCUGCCCUUCAUCCAAAGAUGAUAUUCUGGACUGUGUUGAAGAUGUACCUGAGACCACGUAGACUGGAUUAGAUUUUUCAGUCACUCUGUGUAUUAAAGUCUCCAGCUGUUAGAUGACUUACAAUGGCAGUAUGCUAAUCAGUCUGUAGUGCUCAUAAUCAAAAUCUCAAAGACAAAAUGUGUUUCAACGACACACAGCGUGUCGAGUUGUCAAGUGUUUGAUUUAUUCUAAAGAAUGUAAAUAAAAGUCUUUUUGUAACUUAUACCUUA